AUGGGAAUAUUCCGACGGCUCGAGCGUGCUGUCCGGCUGCACCACGGGGACGAUGACAUUCCCCCGGACCGGUGGCAGAACCGAGACUUGAUACCUCUCCCGCCCAGUCGGAGACAAUGGAGAGACCUUGAUUUUGUAGGUUUGUGGAGCACUGUCUUCCUCACCAUCUACGGCUGGCAAGCCACGGCGUCGCUGCUCUCGUUCGGCCUCAAUGUCUGGCAAGCCGUCCUCUGCACCAUCAUUGCGCGGGUCAUACAGUACUUCAUUGUGCUGAGUCUUGGGUGGAUCGGCGGCGUGUGGCACAUCUCCUACACUGUGCAGUCCCGAUAUACCUUUGGCAUCUGGGGUUCCAUGGUCCCCAUCCUCCUCCGAGUAGGUGUGACAUGCGUGUGGUAUGGAGUUCAGAGUUUCACAGGCGGGCUUCUGAUCAGCACUCUCCUGUCAACCAUCUUCUCCUCCUACCAGAACAUGCAUAACACCCUGCCGGCAUCAGCCUCAAUGACGACCAAACAGUUCGUCGGCUUUGUGCUCUACAACGUCCUGGCGAUCCCGCUCCUGUACCUCCCGCCCGACCGGCUGAGGCGACCACUGCGGGUAGCGCUCAUCGCCAGCGCCAUAUCCAUCUUCGGCCUUGCCAUCGGCCUGAUGGCCGCAGCCGGGGGUGCAGGCCAGUACAUCCGCACGCCGAGCGCAGCACGGCCGGGGUCCGAGCUUGGUUGGGCGUUCGUUCGGGGGAUCACGGCGCUGCUAGGGGGCAACGCGGUGGGCAUGACGAGCCAGACUGAUUUUGCUCGUUUCGCCCGGCGGCCGCGGAACCAGAUCUGGGGCCAGGCGUUCGGGGUGUUGUUCUUCGGGCUCGUGGUGCCCGUCUUCGGCGUUCUGGGCACGUCCGCGGCCGGACAGCUGUAUGGCGACGUCACCGAGCUGGGCCUGUGGAACCCGCCUAAUAUCGUGCAGCUGUGGCUCGAUGAGCACUAUCAUAACCCCAAGCUGAGGGCUGCAGCUUUCUUCACGUCCUUGGGCUUGUUGUUGAACGUCAUGGCGCUGAAUUCGGUCGAGAACGGCGUUUCGGGAGGCAUGGACUUUGCUGGUCUCGCGCCCAGGUAUAUCAACAUCCGGCGCGGGUCGUACCUCAUUGCUAUCAUAUCCAUUGCCAUGAACCCGUGGUACAUCAUUUCCAAGGCGUCGUCUUUCACAGCGGCCCUCAACAGUUUCGGAAUCAUCCUAGGUCCCAUGAUCGGCGUCUUCACGGCCGACUACUACGCAGUGCGACGGAAGAAGGUCAAGCUAAGCGAUCUCUACCACCCUAGUCCCAAGGGCAUCUACUGGUUCGCCCACGGCGUCAACUUCCGGGCAUACAUCGCCUGGAUCCUCGGCUUCGCGCCGUCCAUCGGGGGCAUGGCGUCGGUGAACCCGGCGAACACCAUCCCGAUAGGACUGACGCAGACCUUCUACACUGGCUUCGUGACUGGAUACGCUAUCUCGUUCCUCGUGCAUUGGGGGCUGAAUGUCGUCUUCCCGCCUGCGGGGUUGGGCGAGCUUGAUUCGUAUGACUCGUUUGGAACAUUCACACCUGAUGAAGCUGCGAAAUUGGGUAUCGAGCCAAAUUUGGACGAAAGGAGUGGCCCAGAGGGUCGAGAUCCAGACGACGACGGUGUGUACGAGAAGGAUGCUGUUGUUGCCCCAUUAUAUGAAAAGAUCGCCUCAAAGCCAACAAAUAGCGCGGUGCGAUUCUUCAAGAUCAAUGGUCUUGAUGAGACCGGCUACAUCAUCCAACAAGCGGCAGAAGUAGUCUGGUGGCCAACAUUUGUCAUCUACAAGGAUGGAAAGGAAACGUGGCGCAGGAAGGUGCCUAACCCGCCUUCCAUCGAUCCCAUCAACCAGUUAGAGAAAUACUUGGAUGACUUGUAGUAAUGGGACUGCGAUUCUGGGCCAUUAUACGUGUUCAACUUAUCCCGGUUUGCUAUAAACCGCUGAACUCAGGUCAAUGCUGUGAUCGUGCUUAGAAUCAGGUCCAUUGCCCCAGUUGUCGUUUAUUUUAGCGUUACUCCUUAGUUCCUCGACACCUUGGUCGUAUUUGCCGUCUCACGAUGGGUCUGCGGUACAGGAGCAAUGCCACUCGGUGGAGAUGGUCGCUGUUUGGUUGAUGCUUGAGUCGCAGUAGCAUUCCAGGGGCACACUUGAUGCAGAAGUACUCUGACCCAGAGCAAAACAUCGCGCACUAUCAAAGGGUCAUCAAACAUCACCUGUGAUGGGGGUGCCCGAGAGUGCCCUGUGGUGCUUGCUAUGCUGUAGAAGAACUUCAAGCAGCACUCGCUACA